AUGGCCGGGCUGGACAACCGCGAACCGUCUCUGAUCAGGUUCGCGGAAGAGUCAGAGGACGCGGCGGAUGGCUUGUAUAAAUUCCGCGAGUCGCUGCCGCGCAGCGCCACGCGCAUCACAGCGAUUGUGAGCGAACUGUUUGCGAUUUCGUCGGCUUUGCGCGCCAUACACAAUGAGGACGGCACGAGGCAGUAUGGGCCGUCGUUUUAUCGGAUUCAGGAGGAUUUGGGGUUGGUGUUUCGGAGUCUGAGGAUGACGCUGGAUGAGUUGUUUGGUAUGUUUGCGAGGGCGAGGGAGAGGCCGGAUCAGAUGGUGUGGGAGGAUCUGAACUAUCGCUUUGAUGAGGUGGAGAAGUUUGGGUUGUUGGAGAGGCUGGUGUGGUAUCGGCAUUUCCUCAAUGCUCAACAUGAGAUUCUGGAAGGCCAUCGAUCGCAGGGUUUAGGGGAGUUGAGGCAGGAUUUGAAGGAUGUACUGCAAGCACAAGAGGCCGCACUGCGUCGACAUAGUCGGACUCCCAUCUCUGGAACGAGUACCCCCCGACCUCGCCCUCGGCGGCCCUCCCGACCGGCACCAUAUCCCAUCUCGCCGACAGUCUCGUCCAGCGACCACGACAGUUGGGAGCGACCGCCGAAUCUGGGACCUGCCCCUGAGCCGCCAAUAUCACCACUGUUCUCUUCGGGCUCUUCUCAAACGAUGUCUUCAAGCCAGACAUCCUACUCGAGUGAGACGUACAUCCCGACCACCCCUGGCCCUCUGGUGCACUGGUCUGAAAACAUCUUCGAUGGUCGCCAUCCCACCACGCCUUACCGACAGCCGUUCCAGUUGUUGGAACGAUCGUCGUGCCAUGGCGAUGCCGAUCCUAUGUGUCUGCAGCACCUCGUCCGGGACGGCUUCCAGAGAGCACUGCAACUCUCCUUUGACGAAGAACGCUUCUGGGUCCGUCUGUACUGGCGACCUACAGACUUCCGCGCCCGGAUCCUGAUCAUGACCGCCGACGUCCACGGCCAACAACUCCACUUCUGCCAGCCCCUGACGAACCUGAAAGUCAUCCGAAAAGGCUCCAGUCUCCAACUCUGUCGCUUCCGAAGAGAAGGCCGCUACACCCUUUGGGCCCGCUUGAACUUCAUCUUCCACGAACGAAUGGUCCUCUUCUACUCCACGUUCGUCGCAAUGAAACGUCAAGACCAACGAGGCGUCGGCAUCCGCCAACUCGUGGAUGACGCCGAACUCAUCAGCGAUGCUGGCGAGCAAGAGCUCUUCGCAGGAGAAAUGAGGCAUGGGCAGAUGUACCAUGCCUUGCGCAUCUUUCGAGACAACGCCUCUGGUGCUGUGCGUCUGGAAGCUUCUGCGUUGAGAGGCUCGAAGAAGGACGUGCCCAUCUGGACGGCGUUCGUCACCAAGUAUGCGUAUGACCCGGACUGGGCACACUUCGAGGGAAAUGGAGUUGUGAGUCUGAUUGCGAUUCGGCCGCCUCCGUAUGUAUUCAUCCUCAGGUAUGAGCCGCCGAGGAACUCUCUGGGGGCGUAUGUGUUGCCGUUUACGAGUAAUGAAGAUGCAAUGAUGUUCAUGGAGACAUGGAGCGGUCUUGGUAGACACGUUUGA